UUCAAAAUAACGUCAGUUAUUCCAAAAUAACACUGCUGUGUAGAUGCACCAUUAGUCAGUACAUUAAAACACACAAAGACAGUGAGUGCACACACACGUAUAUAUACUGGCACAAACAUCUACAAAAUCACGUGCUUAGAUAAAGAACUGGAUCCAAAUUCCAUUUACAAUGUCAAUACCUUGCAGGUGAUUAUAUCCACCAUGUUCAGAGCCUGUAAAUUCAUAAUGUCCAAAGAGGCUCCAGAGAGAGGAGCGCUGACAACAGCCCCGUUCAGAGUGAAUGUAUUUAUAAACAGCUGUUUUCCUCACUGGCUCUUUAAACCAGUAGGAUUUAGUGUGCAUAGGACAGAAAUAAAUGAAUGCAAGAAAGUUCUUUAUGAUGGAGGGUUGCAUUCCUUUAGUGCAUUCCUAGGACCUGAGUACUUUGAACAGGUAUAUGUAUCGCUUUUGCCAUAUGGUUUCUUCAGAAAGCUUCACAAUGAUUCAGGUUAUUUCUUCUUAAGCAGAUGUUUCUCUAGUAAAUCAUUUUUAAGGGCUCCUUCCUUGGACUUUCAAACAGAAAAUCUCCUGACACCAGGUAUAGCUUGGGCUAGAUUUUCCCAGGGAUCUGGUGUAGCCUCUUCUUUUGCACACGUAGUUGUUGGCUCUCUCCAACGAUAGAAUCUGCACACACACAAAGAAGUGUGCCCAUCCCUGCACAUGCAAAUGCCUCUGUGUGCAAAAAUAGAGGUCAAGUUGAAAAAGUCUUGAGGCUUUCUCAUGGACAUGUUGGUGUGUUAAUAAUACUGGCUAAAAUGGGGAGUCAGGUACCUACUGUGCUAGAACCUGUCCUUGUGGUUGCAUCAUGGGCCUAGAUGACAGGAGACCUGUGUUCUCAGCCAAAUGCUGCUACAGAUGCAGGGAGUAACCUUGCAUGGCUCAAUUUACUAUUCAGUAAAAUGGAGUUGGUGAAGAUACCUUUGUAUUUCAAACAGUUCUGAUUAGACUGGUGGUGCUCAAGAAUGACUCCUGGGCUAUUGAUGUUCAUAACAAGCUUGGAGACUCUGGGCUGGAGAUAUGCAAAAAGAGUUUGACUUGUAAUGAAAGAGAUGCCGGGGCUCCGGAAAUGUUUUUACUUUCAUCACUAGCACAAUAGGGCCAGAGGUGCUGGGGCUAUGGACAGCCAUGCCGAGAAGUGCCAAGGCUCAGCCCUGGCAAACCCUGGCACACAUUAAGUACUGUGUUAUUCAUCUUAUGUCUCCAUAAUACAAUACCACUGAGAGGAAGGCCUCCUGUGCCUGCUUUAAAGUGUGUGAAUCAGUGUCUAUGAAAGCAGAAGAAAUGGGAUGACAUGUUUGAAAAUAUCAGAUCUGUGGAGGAUGAAACUGCAGAGCCAGGCACUCUGAAAGUUUCAUGCAGCACAGAGAUGUCUCUGGGAAGGUUAUGAAUGGCAAACUGAUUGCUUCUCUAGCUCAGCCCCUUUUUGCACAGAUGUAAAUGAGUGUGUGUCCUAGUUUGCUGUAUUCUCCGGGCAGCCGCCACUAGAGUUAACACAGAAGCCUGCGGUUAAUUAGCAAAGAGCUCAUCCUUAUGAAACAGAUCAAGGGCAGAGUCUCCAGGGACCUGUGGUGAAGCUGCAGACCCCUGAGAGAUGAGGGGAGAAGCCAGAACUCAGACAAGAAGGGAAAUUUUGUCUGUUUCCAAAUUCUCAGAUAUUCUGGAUUUGCCUGGGAGCCAUAAGUGGAGUUAGAAGGGGUUUUUAGUAACCAGAAAGCAGUGCAUUUUCAUGCUCAAUUUUUCUUCCUCUUGGUGCAGUCUCUGGAGCUUUCCUAUACUCUUUUGCAUCCCUCCCCUCUCCGAAACCCCCCCCCACAAAUUGGAUGUUUGAAGUUGCAGUGUUUCCUGAUCAUGGUGAAUCCUUGUCCUGUUUUGUUUGUAAAUGACCUUGCUACUGUAUAUUUUGUUUCUCAGCCUACAUACCCGGCUUUGAAAUGUUUGUAUCUGGGGUGAGCUCACUGCUUCUACAGUUCCAGUCCCUCCCUGCAGGAGUGGCUAUAGGGAAUAGAAUUGGAGAGUUCAUGGCUGCUUUCCGUCCCCGCAGCAAUCGCCACAGGCUUGCUGGUUGUGGGGCAGCUCACAGCUAUUUCCAGACUCAGAUGUUCCCAGCAGGAGCUGCUGUAGGGAAUACGGACAGAGAACUGCGGCCAGAAGAAAUCGAAGAGUUGAGAGAAGCCUUUAAGGAGUUCGAUAAAGACAAGGACGGGUUUAUCAACUGCAGGGACCUGGGAAACUGCAUGCGGACCAUGGGCUACAUGCCGACCGAGAUGGAGCUCAUCGAACUAUCCCAGCAAAUCAACAUGAACUUGGGCGGCCAUGUGGAUUUUGAAGAUUUUGUGGAGUUGAUGGGACCAAAGCUUUUGGCGGAAACUGCAGACAUGAUUGGUGUAAAGGAGCUCCGUGAUGCCUUCAGAGAGUUUGACACCAACGGCGAUGGAGAGAUCAGCACCAGUGAGCUGCGGGAAGCCAUGAAGAAGUUGCUGGGGCAGCAGGUGGGCCAUCGGGAUAUUGAAGAGAUCAUCCGAGAUGUGGACCUGAACGGGGAUGGGCGAGUGGAUUUUGAAGAGUUUGUUAGGAUGAUGUCCCGCUGAAGACUACACUUAUCUAAAGAGGAACCAGCACCUCAGUGAAGGCAGAAGAGGACCUGAGUGGAGCAUCUAGCCCCAAUGUUCCCGUGCAAAGGUUUAUAGGCUGGAUGCAUUUGAGGCACUGCAAGAUGACCCACCUCUCUUAUCCCAAAGUGGUCCCUGCAACCUUCCACACUGUGAAAGACUCACAACUUCCUAUAACUGGAACUGUUCCUCAGAGUUGGCGACAGCAGGAAACUGCAGCCAGGACAAACCACAAUGUUUUCACAAGACGUUUGCAACUUUAGACUCCUUCUCUCCUGCUUUUAUUCUCCCACCUACUGCUGCAAAGCAAGAGAAGGAGAGACCCUCCUGGACUGGAGGGUGAGAGCAAAGCCAUCUGGGACUGGUGGUUGCAGCAGGUCACACUCUAUCGGAUUCCUUUGGUGAACUGUGUCUGUGUUUGCUGUGUGUCUGUCAGGAGUUAUUUAUACCUUCCUGGUACAUUCUCAUGUCUCCUGUGGUUAUGUUUACCAAGAGCAACUACAAAUACAUGUUUGGGAAAAAAAAGUGAUAAAUGUGUAAAUUGAAGCCAUGUGCAGUCCUGGCCUUUCUGGGGGAGUGAAGGGUGGGCUGGAGAGAGGAGCAUCUGCCAACCAACCCACUCCAACCAGUUUACUUUGGGAUUCCUGGGGGGAUGAGCUGGAACCAGGGGAGGCAGAUGCUGCUUGUUACAGGAUUCAUGACUGGGUGCUGUUCAGCAUGAGUGAUACCUGCAGCCAUUCUAGACCCAGGCAGCGAAAUACCAACACAAG